GAAACCAUCGGUGCAGGAUCCUUCGGCAAAGUGUACAGGGCGAGGUCGCGGGCUGAGGGCAGCAUCGUUGCCGUCAAGAAAACCGAGCUCAACGCUGGAGACAAUGGAAUAUCCGUUUACACGCUGCGAGAGGUGGCGCUUCUAAAGAACCUCAUUCACCCGAACGUUCCCUUUUCGACCGUGCGCAUGCAGGAGUUCUUGGAAUGCCGCGAGCAGGAGGAGAUGUAUCUCAUAUUCGAGUAUCUAGACGAAGACCUCGCCAAAUGCCUCGAGACAAAGGGAUUACAAGAGCGCUCUGGUACCUCAGCCCGCUGCGCACCCCUCCUGAUCGCGCCUCAGAUCCUGCGCGGGCUCGCCGCUUGCCACGCGAGGCGCAUUCUGCACCGCGACCUCAAGCCGCACAACGUCCUCAUCCGCGAGGACGGGAGCGUCAAGGUUGCCGACUUUGGUCUCGCACGCACCGAGAUGAGUUUCUCGCUCAACGCGCGCCGAGAUGAGGUGUACACCAAUGAGGUUGUGACACUCUAUUACCGUGCGCCAGAGCUGCUUCUCGGCGCAACGGAGUAUGGUCCGUCCGUCGACAUCUGGUCUGUGGGUUGCAUCUUCUCGGAGCUCUCGUCGCAUCGCCCCCUCUUCGAAGGGUCGUCACCGAUCGAAAUGCUUGCCAAGAUCUUCCAGCUGGUUGGCACGCCGCACGAAUCCCACGGAAAAUCCCUGCUCACGCUGCCAGGGGCGGGGCAACUGGAUUUCGGAAAGUUCCCGCGUUGGCAGCCAAAGAGCGUCCGCGAGGCGUCCGCCUUGCCGCUGCUCGCGCGCUUUCUCGCCCUCGAGCCCGGCAUGCGGCCUUCCGCCGAAGAGGCGCUGCAAGACCCUUACUUCGCCUCUCAGCGCUUU